AUGUACCGUUACCAAGCACUUCCGAGUCGAGAAGAUUAUAUCCGACGCCUUGUCCUGGAACCCGGCGAGGACGACGCACCACUUGUCGGCCGUCUUGAGACGAUCCAGCUGCGAAGCGCCGCUGAACUGAAUCCGUUCAGGGCUAUAUCCUAUGCCUGGGGUUCAGGCAAUAAAGAUCAGAUUAUUACCGUGAACGGAAACCGCCUCGAGAUCACAACGAGUCUGCGAGAUUCCCUGUUGCAGGCAAGGGAUGCACAUAGCACGGUAGCACUAUGGGCAGACGGGAUCUGUAUCAACCAAGAUAACGACGAAGAGAAGAAUGGACAAGUCGCACUUAUGGGCCGGAUCUACGAGACAUCUCGGUGCACGCUGAUAUGCCUCGGUCCCGGUCUUGGUACAGAGGACCGGCAACAUGCUAGCGACGUGGGGCUGAUAGCCGAAGUGGAAACAUUGAUACGGGAGGUAUUUGAAGAUCCGAAGUUCUCGUGGGACUGGAACAGCUUUCCAUACCCUCCAGCAGAUCAUGCCCUUGUUAGCGACUACAGGUGGGAUUCCUGGGAGCGACUAGUUCGACAGCCAUGGUUCCAUCGUGGGUGGGUAGUGCAGGAGGCAGCGCUUGGGCCAGAUGCUCUUACGCUCUGGGCCGGGGAAGAAAUAAGGUUGGUCAGUGUGCUUCGGGUUGCUUAUUGGAUUACAUGGCGGGCUAAAACACUAAUGGCAACGUUAAACAUCUUGACGAUAUCAGCGAUUCAUCUUGAUAAAUAUCAGAUCCAACACCCGGAGGAGGCCCGGACAUUUAGGCCGUCGAGCCAGCAACAUCGCAUCGAGGGGGAGACCCGCUCUCGAGAUCUUACACUACGCUCGAGAAAUGUUCUUGAGCGACCCGAAAGACCGGAUCUACGCGUUUAUGGCUUUGAGGACUUUGACAAGGCGAUGCCUGCUGUGCGACCGAACUAUGGGAAGGACGUAUCGCAUCUAGACGUCUAUCGGGACUUUGCCAUCAAAUACCUUGAGCAGACCUCGGACUUGGAUAUUUUGUGCUUUUUAGAUCACGAAGAAAAAGAUAACAGCCCGUCUUUUGUUGCUGUUGCCGAUGCUCGCGUUCCUUCCUUCCCUUCCUGGGUUCCGCGCUGGGACUCCGGGCCCCUUAUCUCCGAAAUUAUCGACAGAGCAGCCAGGAAGAUCACCUGCAUAGAGGGCGAGCCCAACAAUUCAAGAGGGUCGCCAAUCUCAAUUAUUGAGGGCCUUCCAGUACUCCGAGUUAGAGCGAUUGCUUUUGGUUCAGUCAUAUAUGUAUCCGAGCCAAUCGAGGAGCACGACGAUGCACCCGAGAAAGCAGUUGCGCAAGUGUUUUCCUUAUGGAGGAACCUUGUGCGGCAGCCGAAAAAGCACCCUGGCCCCAACUGCGGUAUUUCCGGCCUGGCCUUCCUCACCGUACUCCUUUUCGGACGUUUCGUCGGUGAUUGGCAAGACUUCCAGAGUCUGCUUGACCUUGCACGAAGACUGCAGUCAGAUCAGCCAUCCCACACCGCAGACGCCUACUCACAAGAUCUGGCCGCCCAAAGAAUAUCACUGCUUGUCGCUGAACAGUCGAGGAAUAGACGAGUUGUUCUAAUUGAUCGCGGGUAUUACGCAACAGCCUCCAACAUUACCCGCGAGGGCGACCUGUGCACCAUCAUUCAUGGAACACGCACGCCGUUCAUACUUCGUAGGGUUCCCGGCAAGCAAGACCAGUACAACGUUGUCGGGCCGGCGUUCGUCUUGAGCAAGGAAAUUGAUGACAAUGGGAUUCCAUAUCGUUUAGCCGAGGAAGAUUUCUGCGACGAUUGGAAGGACUGGGACUUGCAAAGCGAGGAGAUCAUUCUCGUGUGA